AUGAGGUCUCCUUGCCGUUCAAAAGAGCCCCAGAGAAGGGUAUGGACUGUCGAGGAAGAUUUCACUUUAUUUAAAUACAUAAAAACCCACGGUGAUGGUGCAUGGGAUUAUGUGCCCAACAAAACAGGGUUAAAACGGAGUGGAAAGAGCUGCAGAUUGAGAUGGGUGAAUUAUCUUCGUCCUGAUAUUAAACGUGGAAAUAUUUCCGCAGAGGAAGAUGACCUCAUUAUUAAAAUGUAUCGUCUGCUUGGCAAUAGAUGGUCACUGAUAGCAAAACAUCUUCCUGGGAGAACAGACAAUGAAAUAAAAAACUACUGGAAUGCUCAUCUCCGCAAGAGGGUUGCAAAAUCUCACAAUUCUAAUAAAAGUGAUUCUUCUUCUACUUGUAUUGAAGACAAUUGUAUAACAAAAGAUGAAGCCACAGAAACAACAGCAUUGACGACAAGUCCCGGAACCUUAAUAUCAGAUGGCUGUAAUAGUUCAGUCCACAUAAAGGAGAAGGAAGAUCAUGUGGACUUGAACUUUUGUUUUAGUGAUGAUCUGAAUGCCUUGACUGAAACCAAAUAUUUGGAUGAAAUCGGUUCCUUUGAAAGUCUUGUAGAACUGGGAAAUAGUGUUGAGAACAAUGUAGAAGUAGAGACGAGUUUUGCAGUCGAAGUGCUUUAUAGCCAUGAUCAAUUAGAAUUACAAUGUUCGCUGAAAUCAAAACUAGAGUCAAAACUAGAGUUAUUAAGAGAAAUCUUAGAAUUGGAAGAGGAAUGA